UUCGAUAAUAGACUUAACCUCAAAUUUUGUUUAUGUUGCCCUUGCCGCGGAGCUGGGAGUGUUUUUAUGAGAAUAUCAAAGGAUUUUUUAAAAGUUACCAUGAAAUUCAUAGAUAUUGGUGCAAAUCUCACGGAUAGCAUGUUCCAGGGAGUUUAUGGAGGAUCUCAGAAGCACCAAGCUGACCUGGAUAUUGUUCUUAAGAGAAGCUGGGAUAUGGGAAUGCAGAAGAUUAUUGUUACUGUCGGGAACCUGAGUGAUGUAGAGGAGGCCGUGAGAGUCAUAGAGAAAGAUGGUAAAAAGCAGAUUUUUUUCCUCGACAAAAUCGGUAAAAACUUUAAUUUUCCAGAUCGGUUGGCAAUGACUGUGGGAUGCCAUCCAACAAGAUGUUCAGAGUUUCUUUCUGAUCCCGACAAGUACUUCGCAGACUUGCGUUCAGCCAUUGAAAAAUACAAGGCAAAAGUCGUAGCUGUUGGAGAAAUAGGAUUAGAUUACGAUCGUUUGCAUUUCUGCGAAAAAGAUUGCCAGAAAAAGUUCUUCGAGAAGCAACUGGAUUUUGCUGAGAUAUUUGAAUUACCUCUUUUUCUGCAUUGUCGAAAUUCUCACGAGGAUUUUAUUGAAAUAAUUGAGAAGAAUAGUGAGAAGAUUAAAUGGGGCGGAGUUGUGCAUUCUUUCGAUGGGAAUAUCGAUGAAGCAGAGCGAUUGAUUGACCUUGGCUUCUUCAUUGGCCUCAAUGGAUGCUCCCUGAAGACUGAGGACAAUUUACAAGUGGUCAGUCUCUUGCCCAGUGACAAAAUAAUGAUUGAAACCGAUGCGCCAUGGUGUGGGAUCCGUCCAAGUCAUGCUGGUGCCAAAUUUGUCAAGACAAAAUUUCCUACAGUGAAGAGGAAAGAAAAGUGGACUGCUGACCAAUUGAUUGAUGGAAGAUGUGAACCUUCACAAAUUUUGCAAGUUCUUGAAGUAAUUGCAGGUGUGAAGGGUGAAGAUGAAGAUAAACUCGCUGAUAUCUUUUAUAAUAACACUAUGAAUGUAUUUUUUCCUGAAAAUCGCUAAUAAAGCAUUUUUUGCAUAAAA